AUGUGGAUAGAUGAUGGGUAUGUGGUGGUCGUGCUGAUGGCGGCUCUUGCACGAAGUCCCGGCGUCCCGAAAAGCAGCCUAACGAGGAUCCUGCACGACAAGGAGAAGCUACGGGAUGCCUUUGAAAGUUCGCGAUUCGGGCCCCAGAGGAAGCGUCUGCGACAAGGCGACCACGAAGAACUGGAGAAGUGUCUCGUGUUGUGGCUUAGGAGAGCCCGGAGCCAGAACAUUCCCAUCAACGGACCACUAAUCCGUGCCAAGGCAGAAGAGUUUGUUCUUCAACUCGGGAUAGCAGACUUCUUGUGCAGUGAGGGCUGGCUGACAAGGUUCAAAGACAGAAACGGCCUCGUUUUCCGCACCAUUGCAGGAGAAGCCACAGCAGCUGAUGCGACAGCGUGUCGCGACUGGCGUGCAGGGCGGCUUCCAGGGAUUAUGCAUCACUUCAAGGACGAGGACGUCUACAACGUAGAUGAAACAGCGCUUUUUUUUAAGCUCCUGCCAACGAAAUCGAUGACUUUCAAAGGGGAGAAAUGCACAGGUGGCAAACUGAGCAAAGAAAGAGUAACUGUUCUUGUAGGAGCAAACAUGUCGGGCAGCGACAAGUUGAAGCUGCUUGUGAUCGGCAAAUCCAAAAAUCCUCGCUGUUUUAAGGGCAUAACUAAUAUGCCCGUGACUUACGAGUCAAACUCAAAAACGUGGAUGACGCAAGCCCUCUUCAGCAAAUGGCUGCACACCGAAGAUGCGCGAUUUUCGCGGCAGAAGAGGAAAGUACUUUUCCUUGUUGACAACUGCCCUGGACAUGGGACUGUAACAGGACUGAAGUCGAUUCAGUUGGAGUUUCUCCCGGCCAACACUACGGCACUGUUGCAGCCCAUGGAUCAGGGAGUUAUUCAAGCCCUGAAAGCCCGCUUCCGCAAGGGUCUCCUGCAGAGGAUGCUGGUGUGUAUGAACCAGAAUAAGGAAUAUAAGGUGGACAUUCUUGGCGCCAUUUACUUUAUUGCCGAUGCCUGGAGGCAGCUGACUGCUAAUACUAUAGCAAAUUGCUUUAUGGAUGCGGGAUUUUUUACAAGUGACCAGACAUCCGACUUGCAGGAUUUGCCUGAAUGUGACAGUGAAGAUGCCCUUGAGAGGCAGGAAGUGGUAGAAUAGUGUGCUUUAAAGGCAAUCCAUCUGGACUUUGAUGAGUACGUGCACAUCGACAGUGAUGUUGUGACUUGCCCCGAAAACACGGUGGAGAGCAUUGUUGCUGAGGUGUGUGAUGAAGAGGAAAGUGAGCCGGAAGAGGAAUCUGAAGGGGUAGCUACCGUGGAGCCUACCACACUUCAAGGAGCAGAAUCAGCUCUGCAGUAUGUCAAAAAUUUUUUUCAGAAGGAACCAGGAUCUGAAAUGUUUGUCGAAAGCUUAAGUGCCAUGGAAAAAACAAUACUAAAGAUGCAGUUCCAAGGACUCAAGCAAAGAAAAAUUGGCGCAUUUUUUUGUGCACAGUGACUAAUUGUUGUCAAAUAAACUUUGUGAGUGCUGUACCAAAACCGCUUGCAGUUUUCUUGCUUUCUUAAAAACUAUCAGGUACAUUCACCUUCUAGUGCUUGGAGUUCCAUAAAAUGGUAUUAAGAGCACGCACAUAAAUCUGCACUUUUGCACAUCUCUCUCAGUAAACGGAACUCCUGUUAAAUGGAACUAAUUUUUUCGGUCCCUUGAAGUUCCGUUUAUCGAGAGUCU